GCUUUGUCGACGUUUCAGAGGCAGAAGAAGAAGUUUGUCAGUCGCCCAAUCUGCCCGCCGGACCUCAGCAAGGUGUCUCCCCGUUCCUGGCCGUCAGACGCGGCGAGUCCGCCCCGAACAGACGAACCUCCGGCCGCCGGGCCAUUUGGCCGAACCUCCCCUCGGUGACACCGGCCGCCGUUCCCCCGCCAUGGCGACGAGCGCCAAGCGAAAGCAGGAGGAGACUCACCUAAAGAUGCUCCGCGAAAUGACGAGCCUGGCCGCCAAUAGGAAAUGCUUCGACUGCGACCAGCGCGGCCCGACCUAUGUCAACAUGACCGUGGGCUCCUUCGUCUGCACCACCUGCUCCGGCAUCCUGCGAGGACUGAACCCCCCACACAGAGUCAAGUCCAUCUCUAUGACCACAUUCACACAGCAGGAAAUAGACUUCCUACAGAAACACGGCAAUGAGGUCUGUAAACACAUCUGGCUGGGCCUUUACGACGACAGGACAUCGGUUGUUCCAGAUUUCCGAGAACCACAGAAAGUAAAAGAGUUCCUGCAGGAGAAAUACGAGAAGAAAAGAUGGUACGUUCCUCCAGACCAGGCCCGGGCUGUAGCAAGUGUUCAGGCCUCUGUGUCGGGCUCCUCUGCGAGCAGCACCGGCAGCACGCCAGAAGUCCAGCCUCUGAAAACCCUGCAACUCAACAAAACGCCACUGCGCCAGUCCCCGGGGCUUAGUCGCUCCCAGGCUCACAGCGCCGCUCAGGAGAAGAAGUUCGACUUGCUCUCGGACCUGGGCGGGGAUAUUUUUGCCGCUCCUCCCACUCAAACCGCCCCCUCCACCAACUUUGCCAAUUUUGCACAUUUUCCAAGCCAGUCAGGUGAGUCUCUGUUUGGCUGCGGUCGAGUCAAACGCACGCCUUUGCUUUUUUUCCAUUACCCCGUGCGACUUGCUGCCGCUGUUUUUAUUUCCACAUUCCUUCUCCAUGUUAUGGUUUCUCCCCAUAUGGCUGCAGCACCUCAGGGUAACUCAAACACCAACUUUGCCAACUUUGAAGCAUUUGGAAACACUACAAUUUCAUCCCAUCUGAGCACAUCACCUCCCUCAAAGUCCUUUUCAUCAGGGGGGGGCGUGCCAAUUCCCUCGGCGUCCAGUGCUGUCCCUGCUCAGUCCCAGACAGCAAAGUGCACCGAGGACCGCUACGCUGCCCUGGCCGAGUUAGACAACGAGCUGAGCUCCUCCGUCACCACCGGCAGCAACGUACCGGGGGCCAUAUUUGGACCCGUGCUUGGUUCUUCACCAGCUCAGAACCAGCCUGUGAUGGCCAGUAUGCCGCCUGGCUUUGGAGCGGUGCCAUCGACAAAUCCUUUUGUAGCUGCUGCAAUAGCCACCGACAUGGCCUCCAACCCCUUCCAGACCAACGGCCGAGGUCCAGCUGCAGCCUCAUUCGGUACUGGCUCUAUGAGCAUGCCCGCCGGCUUUGGGAAUGCGUCUUCCUACUGCCUUCCGACCAGUUUCAGCGGAAACUUCCAGCAGCAAUUCCCCGGCCAGGCUCCCAUUCCUUACUCUCAGCCUGGGGCCUAUCACCCUCAGUCUAAUGGGCCUGCCUUCCCAGUCUACGGUCAGAACAAGCCCUCGAUUACGCCCUUUGGGCAGCCCAUGGCUGUUCCUGGCAUGUCCAAUAACCCAUUUAUGGCAGGAGCACCAGCUGGGCCAUUCCCCUCUGGAGGUUCAUCCACCAAUCCUUUCCUGUAGCACAGCUCCUGGUCUUGGCCACCAGAGGGCAGCAUGCAGCACAUACUCAAGCGCACCUGUUCCACGUGAUUAGUGGCAGUACAUUUCUUCAAAAAAAAGGCUUAUGAUAUAUUCUCCAUGAAAGAAGUUUACAAAACUAUGAAGGAGUUCAAAGGAAUCCAUAUUGAGGACUAAGGGACUGUUACGGGGGAAAUGUACUGUCUGGACUAUAUUCCAAUAUUGUAUGCUUUUUAUUUUAUUUUUUGUUAAAACUGUAAGCUUUGUGCAUAUCACUAUUUGUAAUCACAAACUACAUGAAAUGUAUAAUAAGUACUGAACUAACAAGGAUGCGUAUCCACAAACCUUGUGUUAUAAAAAAAAAAAAAUCACUUCAGACUAAUAGAUAGGUAAAAGUUUACAUUUUAACAGGGUCCCAUCCAAAUCUACAAUUAGUAGAUUAAUGUGCUGAUGAUGAUGAUAUAUACAUAUAUAUUUUUUUCAAUUUAAAAAAGGGAUCUUUUUCUUUUUUUAUUAUUUAAGAACUCUAUUGGCACUAAGUUUUCUACAUUACAUCACUUUUCCGUUACUGCGAUUCCUGAAAUCUAAAAUUAGGCUUAAGUUUAAAACCUCAGACAUAAAAAACGAAAGAAAUGUGACAUGCAGAGCAGGUUGAUGUAACUUUGUAUUGCUCUGGGACUAAAGGCCAACAUU